GGGCGUGGCUGCACAGAGUCACGUGACUCUUCCACCAGCGACUCCUCCGGUGUGGCUCGUAGCGUCGCGGCUUGCGCUGAAAGAUGGCCGCGGUGGAGCAGCGCCCACCCGUGCGGGACGGGGUUCGGAUCGGGGUGCUGUGCAUGUGCUGGUACACCGUCAGCUCUGGUGGCAACGUGGUCAAUAAAAUCAUCCUCAACGACUUCCCCUAUCCGGUCACAGUCUCUCUCUUUCAUAUAGUCUCCAUCAUCGUGUUUCUCCCGCCGCUGCUGCGAGCCUGGGGCGUCCCGCGAACGGAGUUACCGGCCCGCUACUACCGCUGGUUCAUUCUGCCGCUCGCCUUCGGGAAAUACUUCUCCUCCGUCUCGGCCCAUUUCAGCAUAUGGAAGGUCCCGGUGUCGUACGCGCACACUGUGAAGGCCACCAUGCCCAUCUGGGUGGUUCUGCUGUCACGGAUUAUCAUGAGAGAGAAGCAAACCACAAAGGUUUAUGUGUCUCUUAUACCCAUCAUUGGAGGCGUUCUGUUGGCCACUGUCACUGAAUUGUCCUUUGACGUCUCUGGAUUGAUCAGCGCUCUGGCAGCGACGCUCUGCUUCUCUUUACAGAACAUAUUCUCGAAAAAGGUCUUGCGUGACACAAGGAUUCACCACCUCCAAUUACUAAACAUCCUGGGCUUCAAUGCACUUAUGUUUAUGCUGCCCACGUGGAUUUUAGUGGACCUCUCAUCUUUCCUGAUGGAUGGAGAUCUGACAGAGGUUUCCAACUGGACAGGAACAAUUGUGCUGCUCCUCAUUAGUGGUUUCUGCAACUUUGCACAAAACAUGAUAGCCUUCAGUGUGCUGAACCUGGUCAGCCCACUCAGUUACGCCGUAGCCAACGCAACAAAGAGGAUCAUGGUCAUCAGUAUAUCCCUACUGAUGCUCAGGAACCCCGUCAACACUUCCAACAUUAUCGGCAUGAUGACAGCAAUACUAGGCGUCUUCCUCUAUAAUAAGGCGAAAUACGAUUCUAACCAGGAGGCCAAAAAGAAACUGCUGCCAGUUUCAGCACAGGAUAUGGUUUCAUUCGACAAGCCCCAGUCCAAUGGCUCUGGGCCCUUCGCUCACAGCUCAGACUUUCAGCACGGUCGGAGCACAGUACUCACCGACCACUUUGAGUACAGCCGACAGGCCUACACAACAAAUUUCAGCUCCAAGCAGUAUGUUGUGUGAGUCGAGCACUUUGGAGGUCUCAGACCCCCGUGCUUCAGAGGAGAUGGGUGUAUGUUUCAUACGGACGAGGAAGUGGCGGAAUGACUUGAAAAAGAAUGUUUACUCACAAAAUCCUACUGCUUUUUUCACAGGCCUGUUAUUUAUUUCAGUACAAACCCUAUUUUGUAUGUUUCCCAUUUAGUUUAUGAGGAAUAUUUCAGUAGUAUGUGCAGAUUAUAGCAAGGUGCUGGGAUAUUUUUGGUAGGUUUUUUUUUUUUUUGCACAGGAUGCAUUUCAAUGCAGUUCAGAAUGUAACGUGUCUUCGUCGUCAUCAUGCUACUGUGAGUGAGAGACAGAUAAAAGAGUGAGACCUCUGCCAUAUAACAUACACUGGGGUCACUGCAAAUACAAAUGCAUCAGGGUGUUAGUCAAUGUUCUGGUUUCGCCUUUAAUUUGUAAAUAUUUUAUUUUUAUCGAGGAAGGUGUAUUGGUUAACCAUAUCAUGAACUGAAAACACCCCAUUGAUUUUUUCGAAUGUCUAAUAUCUGUGAAGGAAUGUUUUUUUCAUUCCGGGGGUGUUAAAUUAGACUGAGGUCACUGUACAAGAUCACUUGAAUCAUGGUUCUCACAUUCAUAUGCAUGAUUAUCAAUUUUUUGCAUUAUGUUAUUUUUACUGUGCAUAACCUAUGGGUCAGUUUCAUUAAUAUUAAAUGUCUGGGAAGGGAAAACCGGGGAUUCAUAAAGCAGUUUAUUUAUUUAAUUUUAUGUUGUUAUUUUUUUUUUCCGUUUAAAUUUGUCUCAGUUCCUCAAACUGAAGUUUAAGAAAACUUCUAAUAAAACGUUUGAGGACAUUGUUUCCAAACUGUUGAUUCUUCGACACUGAACUCUAUGAGAUUUUGUCUUGUUAAAAGGUGCAAUAUUCCUUUCAAUCAUGACAGCUGGAGGUGUUUCAAGCCCUUUUAGCGUGUAAAACCUGUAGUUAACAGAAUCUGUGGACUAAUUUUCGGGAUAAAUAUGGUAACAUUUGAAAAAUGGUGCAAACUAGCCAAAACAAUUUAUUGAACGGUUGUGGAAAGAGUUCUGCGGCUGGAGAUUUCUUGUGGGCCUACUUUUUAGAUGUUAUUGACCAGUUGUCGUCUUCGUUCCCAAAUUUAUGCCAGUUUUAGCUAAAUGUGUGAGGUGGGGGAUUCGUUUUUUUUCCCUCUUUUUUUUUUUUUUUUUUUUUUUUUUUUAAGUGUCUUGCUGCUGGAAAGUUAGACACAUUUUUUGGCAAAAAGCAUGCAGAUGUUUGCAUAACUGCAAUGAGAAAAGAACUUGGAGUUCUUUUAAACAUUUUAAGUGUUAUGGAUUUUAAAUAGCAUCGAUAUUUUUCAUGUUGUGUAUUUUGAAGGACUCUGUCUUUAUGUCUCUCUAUAUAUUGUGAAUUUAUUGGAUCAGUUCAGGCAGAUGAAGUGGUUCAUUAAAGGGUUACUCCACCCCAAAA